UUUCCAGUUUUUCGUUUGUGCCGUGUUGUUUCCUUGUUUUUAUACGAAACGAUGUUCCGUUUGCUUUUGAUUGCCGCUUGUUUGGCUGUGAGCGUUAAUGCCUACUCCGAAGGUGCUCCAAAGGCUGCCUGUCGCGAUCUGACGCCGCAGCAUGGAGCUGAGCUGCAGACCAGCAAGCCACCAUACAGUUUCUCUGGCCCAUCACAUGUGCGCGGUGACCAGCAGCUGACGUUGACUUUGGGAGGCGCUGAGUUCUUGGGCUUCUUGAUUCAGGCUCGCGAUGGUCAAAAUCGUGUAGUUGGACAAUUCCAGGUUGUCGACGCUGAGCACUCCCAGACAUUGGACUGCUCGGGAAAACAGGAUUCUCUGACCCACUUGAAGGCAGUCAAGGGCAGCCCACUGAGCGGUGUCACCUUUGCCUGGACUCCACCAGCGGGUUACAAGGGCAAUGUCAAGUUCAUGGCUACUGUGGUGCAAACUGGCUUUGUCUACUGGGUGGGCCGCGUCACCAAGGAUAUUGAUGUGGAGUAAAUGAUUUGCUUUCAAUGUUUGUUUCAAAUUGCUUUAACUUUAGAUUUUCCAAUUGUUUCUGUUUACUUUGGUCCAUUUGAAGGAUAAUGGAAUUAUUGUGAUACAUAUUUCAUGAGUUAUGUAAAUGUCUCAACUUGUUUGUAACAGUUUGUUGAUCAGAAAACAGUGUUUGAAAACAGUAUUUUUUUCAAUAAAGUCAAAUACGAAAAUAAA